AUGGCGCGGAAGGUCUGCAACCACCCAGUGUUCCCCAGCCUGCGCGCAAAGCUUACAGCACUCAAGAUCACCGUCUGCCCAACCUGUCUCAUUCGGCUUCACAUCUUCGAUAUCGCAGAGACACAAGCCGGACUGGAGCGCCGUGGAGGCGUCUUCUCUUCUAGAGCCACAGCAGUCGCUGAAGAAGGGAGGGGCCGAAAACAGGAGAGGAUCGCCCACAGGGCGCUGUUGAGGCGUUGGAGGCUUGCGAAGAUCGACUUGUAUAGAGACCUUUGUCUGUUGGAAACAUUGCGCGCCGAAGGUGCUGGCAAGACGCGCUGGGAGAUCCAGCUUGCAAAGGCUUUCGAGCUGUGGAAAGAGGUUGAACUUGAGUGCAGCAGGAUACCUGGUUACAGGUACGCCGAGGAGAACCAUGAGGAUAUUGCAAAUGAAGACGAGUCGGUGAUCGAACAGGAUGCGGAACUUGAGGACAGGUUGAACGAAGAUACGAUCGACGAGACAAGAGACGAUGACGACGGAGGAUGGCAAACUAUCAAGCCGAGAGGGAAGGCUGCCAAACAGUCUCCGAAUGAUACCGAGCUGUCCGAGGCUUCUAGCACCAGUAUCCAAGAGAACACCAUGGCGGAUGACAAUACAUAUUAUGGCCCAAAUUUGGACGUGCAGGACCCGGACGAGGUCGCCCUACAAGGAAUGGACAGCGUGAAAUUGAGAAUAGAGCGUGGCUCGUACUGGGAUGGUCGGAACAGAUUCGAUCUGCUCCGCGAGAUUGAGGUAGAUGAAGAUCCUGACUCUCCCGAUCCUCUGGAGGUCCACACAGCAUCGCAAGUUUCCACUUGUCCGCGGGAUGUGGAUCGCAUCACAAUGCCUGAUAAGCCUCUACUACCGCCGCCUGUUUCGUCACUGAAGCGCAAGCGUUCGUGUAGACCUCCAGACAACUUACGAUUACCAAAAGAAGUCCGUAUGGACGAUCGCGUCACCAUCAUCUGCGACUACUACGCGCGCCACACGACCGGCCUUCCUCCUGAACAAACCUCCUACAAGCGACCACACUUCUCCUACACCACCGCAGAGACCGCCCGAAGACGCCUCAAAUUCUACCGCAGAUCGCCUUUGUACGUGCCUUCCACCUGGGCUCUCCCAGUGGAGUGUGAAAACAUCAAUACAAGUCACUAUAAGACAGCCUGGAAAGUUUACGAUGCAAUGCAACUCUUGGCUGACAUGGAGGAUUCGGGACAGAACCAGGCUGAGAUAAUGGCGCGCUUGGAGGCAGCCGGUUAUACCGUGGCCAGCAAUGUUGGCGAAUUGGAUGAAAUUGGAUACGAUGGGUACUAUGCGAUUCCGAUUACUGUGUCAGAGGUAAAGCCUACGCCUCAUGCUGAGAGGACGUUCUCGGAGCCUGAGUCGAAUCGCUGA